AUGAAAAAAUGCGAUGUCGCUUUAUGUGGAGAUGACCAUGAAUAUCUUUUGAAAUUCUUGCUUGUUGGCGAUUCGGAUGUUGGCAAAAAUGAAAUCGCUGACUUUUUAGGAGCUUCCAGUUCGUCAAAUUCUGCUGUCACAAUUCCCAAGACCACCAUUAUUUUGCUGGAAGGAAAAAGAGUUCGCUUGCAAUUAUGGUUGGAUACGUCAGGACAAGGACGAUUUUCCACAGUUAUAAAAUCUUAUUCACGAGGAGCUGAAGGCAUAUUAUUGGUGUAUGAUAUUACAAAUCGAUGGUCAUUUGAUGGCAUUCGACGAUGGCUUACGGAAAUAGAAUUUCAUGCCCCAGGGAUUCCCAAAAUUCUAAUUGGUAAUCGCCUUCAUCUUGAAUUUAAAAGAGCCGUUUCCCGUCAUGAAGCUGAAAUUUUCGCUCGUAAACGGAAUAUGCAAUAUUAUGAAGUGAAGUUUCCCUUCAUUUCAACAUUGGCAUAUUUUAACGUACAAGAAUGUGUUACCGAAUUAGCUCGUUUGGUUAUUUUGAGAAAUGGUAUACGAUGGCUAAGACAGCCUAACCAAGUGUUAUCGCUGCAAGAUCUGUGUAGUCGUGUAGUUAUUCGCAGUGUCAUUAAUAUACAUGCCAUACAAAGACUGCCUCUCCCAUCUUUUUUAAAAUCCGAAGUUAGAUCUUUCGCAAGAGGCGCUGAAAUAUGUAUGGGUUCAUCACCAAAUCAUAAUAUACAGAACUGUGUUAAAAAAACCAAACGAAGUUCCAUAUUACUGUUAGCGCGAUCAACAAGCCUUAUAAACAAACAUGCAAAAAAUGCAACUUGCGCAUUAAUGUGA